AUGGGGGCCGCAGUGUUUUUUGGAUGCACUUUCGUCGCUUUUGGCCCGGCCUUUGCGCUUUUCUUGAUCACUGUGGCUGGAGACCCGCUUCGCGUCAUUAUCUUGGUCGCCGGGGCAUUUUUCUGGCUGGUCUCCCUGCUCCUGGCCUCUGUGGUCUGGUUCAUCUUGGUCCAUGUGACUGAUCGGUCAGAUGCCCGACUCCAGUAUGGCCUUCUGAUAUUUGGUGCUGCAGUCUCCGUCCUUCUACAGGAGGUGUUCCGCUUUGCCUACUACAAGCUGCUUAAGAAGGCAGAUGAAGGGUUAGCAUCGCUGAGUGAGGACGGAAGAUCACCCAUCUCCAUCCGCCAGAUGGCCUAUGUUUCUGGUCUUUCCUUCGGUAUCAUCAGUGGUGUCUUCUCUGUUAUCAAUAUUUUGGCUGAUGCACUUGGGCCAGGUGUGGUUGGGAUCCACGGAGACUCACCCUAUUACUUCUUGACUUCAGCCUUUCUGACAGCAGCCAUUAUCCUGCUCCAUACCUUUUGGGGAGUUGUGUUCUUUGAUGCCUGUGAGAGGAGACGGUACUGGGCUUUGGGCCUGGUGGUUGGGAGUCACCUACUGACAUCGGGACUGACAUUCCUGAACCCCUGGUAUGAGGCCAGCCUGCUGCCCAUCUAUGCAGUCACUGUUUCCAUGGGGCUCUGGGCCUUCAUCACAGCUGGAGGGUCCUUCCGAAGUAUCCAGCGCAGUCUCUCGUGCCGACGGCAGGAGGACAGUCGGGUGAUGGUGUAUUCUGCCCUGCGCAUCCCACCCGAGGACUGA